AAACGACUGAUUAUACAAUCAGUCGAGUUUCACUCUAACACGUAAGGUUAAUUGGUAUCUUAUUAAAGUUAGUCGGCUUAAGUAAAGUUACGCAAGAUGUAUAGUUAAUCCCGAGGUGGAUUCAGAUUUGGGUAUACGAAUAAAGUUUCAUACUUGGUGGGACAGAAGAUUGAGAGCCAACUUGUGGGGUGCGGGAAAAUCGAGAGGGUUUGGGACAAUAUCACAUCAUAUUAAGAGUAUCUGCGGGCUGAUAUAGCAAACAAUCAGCUGAACUCAUCUAUUAAGUCUGAAUGCGCUUUUGAGUUAGUAAGGUAGAUUGUUGCUUACUCUACUUGGUGGGCUAAAGAUGGUGGCUAUUGCUAUGCUAGUAGCUGAAACUCUUGCUUUUUUGGUUAAACCGGUGGAUGAUAUCUUUUGGAGUCCUGAUUAAUUUGGAUUCAUCGUGUAAAGACUAUUAAAGGAAAGCACUUCUUAGGAAGAAAAAUCAUUUUCGUGGUUCAAACUAGAUCUGUCAUUUUGCUACAAGAAAAAAAAAAAAAGGUAAUGCUCUAUUGAUAGCGAUGGUUUCCCAUACGGAAGAGAAGAUGCUAAAUAUACCAAGAAUAAUGAUAUUGAAUGAAAUAAAAUACCAUUUCAGUCGCAUCCGUUUUGAGUAUAUUCUCACUUCCAAAUUGGAAUCUGCAUACUUAUUCUCACCAAGGAGACGGGCAAAAAGAAGGGAAACUUGCACGAUAAAGAGAUCGGUUUAGAAGACAUUUACAAACUUCAUUUUAAAUUAGUCCUUGGAAAAUGUCAGGGGAAAUUAGGGGCACUGAGGAGUUGAAGUUAGUAAAUGCAUUUCGACAAGUGCUGAUCACGGAGAACCUGCUUCUUGCCAUGCAUGAUGGCGAUCUCAAAUUAUUAAGAUUUCUGAAAGCUAGAAAGUUUGACAUUGAGAAGGCAAAGUGCAUGUGGACAAAUAUGCUUCAAUGGAGGAGAGAUUUUGGAACUGACACCAUUAUCGAGGAUUUUGACUUCCAUGAAAGGGAUAAAGUUCUGCGGAACUACCCUCAGGGUUAUCAUGGCACAGAUAAGGAAGGAAGACCAGUUUAUAUCGAAAGAUUGGGGCUAAUGAAUGUCGACAAACUUUUGGAAGCGACUACUUUGGAUCGUUAUGUUAAAUAUCACGUCCAAGAAUUUGAGAAGUCUAUUGCCUUUCGGUUUCCUGCCUGCUCUGUAGCUGCAAAUAGACAUAUCGAUAGAGGUGUUACCAUUUUGGAUGUUGAAAGAGUGAAUUUGAGGAGUUUCACGAAACCGGUACGAGAAGUCAUUUUGCAGCUGCAGAAGAUUGAUAAUGACUAUUACCCUGAAACACUUGGUGAAAUGUUUGUCAUAAAUGCUGGACCUGGCUUUAGGCUACUCUGGCAUAUACUCAAGCGUUUUCUUGACCCUGAGACGACGUCCAAGAUUCAUGUUCUUGGCAACAAUUAUCAAGGCAAACUGCUUGAAAUCAUUGAUGAAAGUGAGUUGCCAGAUUUUCUUGGUGGUAGCUGUACGUGUGAAAAUGAGGGUGGUUGUUUAAGGUCAGAUAAAGGGCCGUGGAGAACACUAAAGACAUCAAUGGUGAAUGUGGAUUAUUAGUGGCUUUAUAUGCACAUAUAGCAAUCUUUUUGUUUCUCUAAGAUGAAUUUUAGAGAGGAAGAAGAGUGUUUAGAGAAGAAAGUGGCAACAUUGAACCUUACAAGGCAACCGGAGAAAAUCAGCCACAAUUUGUAUGUUCCAUUUGAUUGUACCAUUGUUUCUUUAGAAUUAUUUGCGAAUUAUGAUUCUUUCAUCAUUUAUCAGUAAAUAAUUCUGCAUUUAUUUUAGCACUUCCAAUGGAAAUGACUGUAUUGAGAAUGAAGUCUUUCUCAUUAUAUAAUUUUGCCCACUAUGCCAAGAGUUUUUACUGUAAUAGCAUUAGCAGUUCUUCUGAAGCUGUCGAGAUCUCGAACUUCACAUUUCCAAGCAAC